UGACAGUUUCCACCUUCAGGAGGUUUCAGAAUUAAUGUCACUCUCAUACUCAGCACUUAACACUCACCCCCCCACACACAAAACUGCGCAGGGAGGUCAGCAAAGAGGAGGCAAAGUCAGGGAGUGUGAAUAUAUGAGACAAGAACUAAGAAGACAGACACUCCCGAUCUUUGCAGCAGGAGCUGCCAACAUCACUGACUUCAACUGCACUGUGCUGUGAACUGGAAGAGAGUGACCCAAUAUGAGCAAUCAGACCAGCGUUUUGUGUGUAGUUCUACCAACCAAGAAGAAAGUGGACGUUUCUGUGGGGCUGAAGUGCAGAGGGCAGGAUGUGAUUAAUCAGCUGUGUGCCCUACUUGGAAUUAAAGAAUUGCAAUAUUUUGGCCUCAAUUUUGGAAAGGAUAAUGACUGCAUGUUUCUGGACCUGGAGAAAAAAAUAACCACAUACUUCCCUAGAGCUUGGAAGCAGAAUACAUUACAGGAGAGAAUAGUUCUGCAUCUGAAAGUACAGUACUACAUAAGAAAUGGCCAACUUAUUACAGAUGAGACGGCUCGCAGCCUGUACUAUGCUGACCUGAAAGGUAACGUUUUGAGCUCCCAGUGCUGCGACCAGGAAGGCAGCUUCUUCCAGCUGGCUGCUUACGCCUUGCAGGCAGAGCUGGGUGACUGGAGCAAAGGAAAGGGAUCUUAUUUCAGUCCACACGACUACUUUCCUCCUUGGAUUGUGAGCAGGUGGGGCAGUCAGUAUGUGCUGCAGCACACCCCAGGCCUGCACAGGGAGCUGACGGGGAUGAGUGCACGUGAUGCGGCUCUGCUCUUCAUCCAGGAGGCCUGCAGCCUCAGUGACGUACCUCUCACCUUCUACAGUAUGAGCAAGGGGAAAAAGGAGCAGAGUGUUAGUGUGCUGUUAGGCCUGACUUUGAAUGGACUACAUGUCUAUGAGAUAGAGAUGGUUAGUGGAAAACAACAGCUUUUCUAUGAUUUUUUCUGGUCAAGCAUAGAUCGUCUCACCUUUCAGGGCCGAAGGUUUGAGAUAAAGGCAGAUCCUCUCGGCAGGUCCAAGCUGGUAUUGCACACACGCUCUACCCUGCACUCCCAACAUGUGCUGAAGCACAUUAGCAACUACCACCGUGUGCACCUCCACACAAGGUGCCCAGCGGAAGAGUUCCAGCCCCCGCAGCACAGAGCAGGAAGGCGGCCGAGAGAGGUGUGCAUCAGAGACAGCACCGAUCCUGAUCCAGAUGACAGUGAGGAUGAACUUCCAGCAGUGAAGUCCUUUCUGGACAAGAUCCGGCAGUGUCGUCCUGACCUGGUGGGGUCACUCUCAGUGCUGAACCCCAGAGAGAGAGAAGGGCAAGAAGUCAAGAAGUCAGCCUGUGCAGACUUCAAAGAGGUUGAGAUGUGUGUCGAUGAACCAGAGAUGUACGUGGAUGACCCUGAGGAGCUCAGACUCCUGACAGAGCUGUUGGAGGGUGUGUCUGUAGACGGUCCUCCAUUAAUACUUGUGCCUCACUGGACAGAAUUCUUUCUCUAGAUUCCACGGUGGAGAGAAAACAUGUAAGCGGCAUCACAUUAAUGAGGUGCUCCUUGCGACAAUCACGUGCCAAGUGAUGAAUCUGAAUUUAAAAUUUGAAUAGUGGAAAACUUGACUAUUUAUUAAAGAGUAUCUGCCUCAUUACUUGUAUGCACAAAGGCAGACUUGCCAUUCCUUAGCCUGACUACGUCUGACCUCAUAUGACCAUGCACUCUUACACAUGCUUCAAACAAUAUCUACUGCCACGCGGCACUAUAUUGGAAGUGCUUGAGCAAAUUCGCGCUGACUUCACGGUAUAAAAGACUCGGCUGCUCAAAUGGAGCCAGUCCAGUCCGAAGCGUCUUGUUGUAGGCUGCAGUGUCUCCCAAGUCCGUCCGGAAUGUGUCUCCACUUUAAAGCGGUGAGUGAGCUAGCAGGCUCUCUCUGUGCUUGCACAGGAAGAGUGUUUCGGAGCACGGCACCUCCUCCAGAGCACAGCACCCGUGUCAGCAACCCACCACGAAACCAACAAGCGCAAGAGGCACAGCUCGAAGACAGCAGCUGUACAACAACUGUGCAUUUCUCACAUUUUAAAAGCUAGUUUUUCUUCUGCUACUUGAUGUAUUUACCGACGCUUUAACUUAGAACUUAUAGCCAACACAGAUGUAAUAUACAGGUGGAUGUGGGCAGUUCAAACAAAUCAAAGGUGAACAACAGUGAACAUGCAGGCUUACAGAUGUGGUGUAUGAAACUAUUUAUACUGUAAGCACAAUGUAAGAAGAGCACUGUUCCUGCUUCAAACAUGUAUUACCUAACCUAAUGGAACUCACAGUAUCUGUCUGUGCUGUUUCUAACAGAAAUAAAAAUAUUUCAUGCUU